AUGUUACGACCGAAACUCGUCCAUCGUUUUCGCCAGAACUUGGCCCAUUUCACCCUGAAGGCAACGUUGUAUUUAUCCUGGGUCCUGGGACUAUUUCCCUUCACAUUCGACGCCAGAAAAAGGCAACUGCAUCGCUCCAAGUGGCUUUUGGCCUAUGGUUUGAUUUUGAACACACUUCUGAUCGUUUUGUCCUUGCUGCCAUCUACUGACGAUCACAAUGACAUCAAGGUGGAGGUUUUUGAGCGUAAUCCCCUGGUAAAACAGGUCGAGGAUCUCGUGGAGGCCAUAGGCUUAAUAACCACAGUGGUGACCCAUUUGCGGAUCUACUGGAAAUCUAAGGAAUUAGUGGCGAUUCUCAACGAACUGCUGAUGCUGGAAAAUCGUCACUUCAGUGAGCUCAUCCUCGGCGACUGUUGGCAAUUCGAUAGGUAUGUGAUCGAAAAGGGUCUGCUGAUAAUUCUGGAGCUCGGUUCCUCGCUGGUGAUUUACUUUGGAAUUCCGGAUAGCAAAGCCGUUGUCCACGAGGCAGUGUGCAUCUACAUUGUGCAGCUGGAAGUCCUCUUGGUGGUGAUGCACUUUCACCUGGCAGUGAUUUACAUAUACCGCUUUGUGUGGAUUAUCAACGGACAACUUUUGGAUAUGGCCAGAAGAUUAAGGAGAGGUGAAAGUGUGGAUCCUGAGCGCAUUCAAAAGCUCCUCUGGCUUUAUAAUCGCCUUUUAGAUCUGAAUAACCGACUGGCCACCAUUUACGACAUCCAGGUGACCUUCUUUAUGGCCACCCUGUUCUCGGCCAACAUUAUUGUGGGUCAUGUGCUGGUCAUCUGUUGGAUCAACAUCCAGAGAUUUUCGCUGGUGGUCAUGAUUCUGCUCUUUCCACAAGCGCUGAUCGUCAACUUUUGGGAUCUCUGGCUGGGAAUCGCCUCUUGCAAUUUGGCCGAGAGCACGGGCAGAAAAACCUCCACGAUCCUGAAGUUAUUCAACGACAUUGAAGGCAUGGAGGAGGAAGUAGAGAGAAGAGUAACUGAGUUCUCUUUCUUUUGCAUUCACCGGAGGCUGAGAAUUCGGCACCUUGGAUUAUUCGACAUUAACUACGAGAUGGGCUUCCACAUGAUCAUCACCAAUAUUUUAUAUGUACUUUUCUUGGUGCAAUUCGAUUACAUGAAUUUAAAAUUCAAAGCAGACGAUAGAUAUGAUCAACAAAUGUAA